CACUGGCCGCACUUCCCGUCGGGGAGAGAGUGUAAUAUGGCGAAGACCUACGAUUACCUGUUCAAGCUGCUGCUGAUCGGGGACUCGGGGGUGGGGAAGACCUGUGUCCUGUUCCGCUUCUCCGAGGACGCCUUCAACUCCACUUUCAUCUCCACCAUAGGAAUUGACUUUAAAAUUAGGACUAUAGAGCUCGAUGGCAAGAGAAUUAAACUACAAAUAUGGGACACAGCUGGCCAGGAACGGUUUCGGACGAUCACAACGGCCUACUACAGGGGCGCAAUGGGCAUCAUGCUGGUCUAUGACAUCACCAACGAGAAGUCCUUUGACAACAUCCGGAACUGGAUUCGGAACAUUGAGGAGCAUGCCUCUGCAGAUGUUGAAAAGAUGAUACUUGGGAACAAGUGCGACGUGAACGAGAAGAGACAAGUGUCCAAGGAACGGGGAGAGAAGCUGGCCCUGGACUAUGGCAUCAAGUUCAUGGAGACCAGUGCGAAGGCCAACAUCAAUGUGGAGAACGCAUUCUUCACUCUCGCCAGAGACAUCAAAGCAAAAAUGGACAAAAAAUUGGAAGGCAACAGCCCCCAGGGGAACAACCAGGGAGUCAAAAUCACACCAGACCAGCAGAAGAAGACCAGCUUUUUCCGAUGUGUUCUUCUGUGAGGAACGCCGCCUUACUCUGAGCCUUGCUCGGCCGAGCUGACUGUGCCUGCCCUGAGUGAGCCCUCAUCAGCUGGGCCCCCCCCCCCCCACGCCCCUGUUGCGGCCACUGGGCCCAGGGCCACCAGAACACAAUUGAGAAAUUGUUUAUUUUAGUAACUGUCCGAUCUUUUUCAACUUUGGAGAUGGAGUAAGUUAAGAAUUUGCUAUUUUUCCUGCAACGUCUGCCAAACUGGCCCACACAUUGUAUACCUGGAGAGAAAGCUGGAGACAACAUGACCGUCAGCGAUGACCAGCGUGGUGGGUGUCCGUCUCUGGGCCGUGACAUAACUAAAAUCCCACUGCAGAGCCUGUCCACAUCUCCCACCACAGAAGCGAGGUCCCCAAAGGCCAAUGAUGGUCCCAGGAGUGCUUCAGUGUGGCGGCCCGCACGAGGCCCGGGAGCACCCACCAGCACGUCUGACGCCCACUGUCGCCUUUUCUCUGUCGUGGACAAGUGACAAACACUGUUAUGUUUCCCUUUUCUCCCUCCCUCUUUUUGACUCUCAAACCAAAGGGAAGCACAAAUUAAGGAAAUUCUGUGUAAAGCAUUCAGAAGGAAGGAGGCAUGGAGGGGCCUUCCCUGUGCGCUGCAGCCUUCUCUGGCUGUGGUCCCACCAGGCCUCGGGCGCGGUUGGCAGGCCUCUCAGCAGUCCCCAUCUGAUCACCGAGGGGACACCGUGCAUCCCACGGGUGACCCUGAAAACACAACCACAUACCAUCUACCCACAGUCGGGGGCUCGCCUGGCAGCCACCAGCAGCCCCCACUUCUCUUCAUCCUCCCUCAGUCUCCAAAUCAGAUGUUCUUUCUAGCUGAGAUUUUUAUUUUUCCAGAUCUGUAGUGCCAUGAAGUGAUUCUGUCUUUGGUUUCCAGCAGCAGACCCAGGCGACCAGGGACACGUGUGCACCUGUGGCUGGACGUGGCUCAGAGCAUGCAGCGUCCCUGGCCACAGAACUGUCUGGGCUGGUUUUCAACUGCUGUCACUGGUUCUGUUUUGACAGCUCUGCCUUCCCGUAGAGAGUACACAAUUGAGACCAGGUCUGAGGGGUGUCACUAGGGAGCCUUUAUAUUUCUUUUUUUUAUCCCCCAUCUCAAGCUGCUGUCCACCUAAGCCGUUGGCAUCAUAAUUUCUUUUUUGAAUUAAAAACCAAUGUACCAGCCAUA